UCUUAAUACCCCCAAAACCAACCAAACAAUCAUUCAAACCCAAACACCUACGAUCUAUCCGGCUUGCUUCCAAGAAGGGUGCAUUAUAGCUUCCCCCCUAUAAACUUGCAAUCAAAAAGCUCAUCCCGCCUUUCAAUCGUCUCGAACAAGCAAGACAAAGGAAGCCAACACCGAGCUCGCUCUCACCAAGCUCUAGGCCAAGCGCCCACCCAACACCAAAACUCACACACAUAACGAAAUAAUAAAAAAAUGCCACCACAAAAAGUAAAGAAGGCAGUGGCCAAGAAAACGGUCCCCGGCGCAUCAAGAGACAGCGGGGUAAUGCCCGGCGACCCAAUCCCACAAAAGAAGCCAAGACGUUACCGCCCGGGCACUCUCGCGCUUCGCGAGAUCAGGCGCUACCAAAAGAGCACCGACCUGCUCAUGCGCAAGCUGCCAUUUGCCCGCCUGGUGCGCGAGGUCGCCCUCAACGUCCGCCCCGUCGACGAGGGCUUCAGGUGGCAGUCGCACGCCAUCCUGGCCCUGCAGGAGGCCGCUGAGGCCUUCUUGGUCAAGCUGUUUGAGGACACCAACCUCUGCGCCAUACACGCCAAGCGCGUCACCAUCAUGCAAAAGGAUAUACAGCUUGCCAGGAGGAUACGCGCUGAUGGAUUGUGAGGGAUGAGCUGUCCAUUAUCCUUAAUUAUUUUUUCCCCCUUAGGUUCUUUUGUGUUUUUUUUUUUUUCU